AUGGCAGCAGCGGAAACCAGCGCGCCAUCCCCUGCGACGAAUCCCGAGGAAACAUUUCACUGUGUUGCAUGUAAUCUUCCGGAUUCAAUAGCAGAUCUUGUACAAUGUGAUCAAUGCGACCAGUGGUGGCAUCAGUCUUGUGCGGGCGUCACCGCAUCCAUCAAAGAUAAGCCAUGGACAUGUCGAAACUGUCUUCCAGCAGAAUGCAGUAAAAGCGAUAUUUCUCAUGUCAGCUUACCAUCCAAGGGAAUACGUUUGAAGUUGGAGCAGCUGGCUGAAAAGCGCGCUCUUGAAAAAAAGGCACUCCAAAUUAAAUUGGAUGCAAUCCAGGCCGAACUGAAGAUGGUCGAUGAUAAAUAUAAGCUGUUGCAAGCCGCUGCCAACGAAUUGGAUGACAACGUUAGCGUUCGUAGUCGAGUAAGCAGAACCACCAGUUUUGAGCGAACCACCGAGUGGCUCGAUCAGAUUUCCGAUACAGAAAAUACGGCAGGCGGUCCUUAUCUUCCCGGGUCGGGAAUUAGCCCGACUGUCGAACUGAAUUCAACAACAACUGGUGUAGCUAAAAAGAAGCCAAUCGAGUCAACUCCGAGAGCAAUUCCAUCCCAGGUCAGGCAGAAGAAAAGGAAGGACCGUCAGCAGCAGAGGGCCGAGCCAAAACCGUUUUCCGAAGACGACCCGAACUUAUCAGAACAACAUUUGGAAGAGGAUGGCGUUCUGAAACUCCGUCCGAAACGCCAUCACCAACCAGCACUUUCGGUUCCAACAGUCCCCGUUGGUCGUUUUCGAGAGCCCGUAACAGAGACAACGGGUCUUCCGAGUCAUCAUCCGGCGGAUCCAGCGAAAGAUGUGAAUAACUUCAUCAGCAACGGACACUCAUCCAGAAUGCAAUCCAUGUAUGGUAAACCACUACCUCCUCCCCUCAUCCCCGAGAAUCAAGGUAAGCCCUUUGCCAAUAAUUGCCUAUCAAAUGACACAUUAUAUGAGCCUCAUGAGUCCCUGAUAAAACAGCUAGGGAGUUGCCCAAACGAAGGUUUAAACUUUAUGGAAAUUAUCGCGGAUUAUACGCCGACAACAGCUCAAUUAGCGGCACGCCAGGUCAUGUCUCGGGACCUUCCAACCUUUGAUGGGAACCCGGCUGACUGGCCCGUCUUCAUUAGCACGUUUACGACUACCACAUUAGCGUGUGGGUUCAAUCAAACGGAAAAUUUGAUACGCCUCCAGCGUGCCCUCAAAGGCGAUGCGUUACAGUCGGUACGCAGUCGCAUUCUUGUGCCCAAUUCAGUGCCGCGAAUAAUUGAUACCCUUCGUAAUUAUUAUGGUCGCCCUGAACAGUUAAUGAAAGUCCUUUUAGCCAAAAUAAAAUCUAUUCCCGCCCCAAAAUCAGACAAGCUUGAAACAUUGAUUCAUUACGGCAUGGCCGUUCAAAGCUUCUGUGACACUUUAGAUGCAGCCAAUCAAACCUCUAAUUUUUCGAAUCCGUCGUUGCUCGCCGAACUAGUGGACCGUUUGCCGAGUGAGUAUAAGAUGCAGUGGGGAUCUUAUAUUAAAAUUUAUCAAGAAGUUAACUUAAAACAUUUUGCGGAAUUCAUGUCUGAACUCAUGGAUUCAGCCAGGCGGGUCACUUCCUACACCGGAAAUUCGAACCGAAUGGAGGACCGGAGCAAACCAAAACGGGGAGCGCUUCACAUACACGCAGAAGACAAUCCAGAAGUGGAAACGGGAGAACGUAGGUGCAGUGUAUGCAGUCAAAACCACCGCCUUAAGGAGUGCGACAACUUCAAGCGUCUCAGCGUUGACGAACGAAUGCAGGUUGUGCAACGGGAGAAGCUGUGCCGAAACUGCUUAAAUUUUCAUGGAAAUCGUUCCUGUCGUGUAAAUGGGCAAUGUAACGUGGACGGUUGUAAGAUCCGCCACCACCCGCUUCUUCACCUCGUCCGUGGUCAGCAGAUCCAGCCUGUUUCCAGUGUUGCAACAAGUCAACCGUCGAAUUCAAACGAUCGUAGUCCACCUGUUUCUCCAUCUAACGCUGCUUACGACAAUCACGUCCAUCGUAGCUAUUCGCAACUGUGUCUCUUCCGAAUCGUACCGAUAGUUAUUUAUGGGAGUGAAAACCGUAAAAUAGAAUCCUUUGCUUUUCUGGAUGAUGGAUCUUCACUUACACUCGUAGAGGAGGACCUGAUCCGGGAGCUUGGAAUACAGGGAGAGCCGCAAACGCUCUGCCUUAGGUGGACAGGAAACAUGACACGCAUCGAAAAGGCCUCCAAGAUAGUGGAACUCAACAUUUCGGGGAUUAAUCGUUCUCGUUUCAAACUCCGGGACGUUCGUACUGUGAAAGCCUUAACACUUUCGCAACAAACUCUGAAUUAUCAAGAUUUAUCCGAUUCGUUCCCUCACCUACGAGGUCUUCCUAUCUCAAGUUACUACAACGUUGUACCCCGAAUCCUGAUUGGGCUGAAUAAUCUACGCUUGACGGUUCCGCUCUCUAUAAAAGAAGGUGGGCCAAAUGAACCCGUUGCCGCUAAUACCAGGUUGGGAUGGUGUGUCUACGGAGGAUCCACGGGAUCAUCGUUAUCUGUAAACAUACACAGCAACGGAUGCUCGUGCGAUGAGGCGCUGGACACAACUGUGCGCAAUUACUUUGCCUUGGAAGAUGUCGGAGUUUCUGGUUGCCCGCAGGUAGAAUCGGAAAGCGAUAAACGUUCUAAGCAGAUCCUGGAGGAAACUACAGUACGUCAGAAUAAUCGGUUUCAAACCGGACUUUUGUGGCGAUUCGACCACUAUGAGUUUCCCGAUAGUCGACGCAUGGCCGAGAAGCGGUACGAAUGCUUAGAACGAAAGUUGAAAAGAAAUCCAAAGAUGCUACAAAUCGUCAGUAAGCAGAUGCAGGAGUAUCAAGAAAAAGGAUACGCACGACUUGCUUCUAAAGAAGAGCUACAAAAGGCGGAUUCUCGAAAAGUGUGGUAUCUUCCAUUAAAUGUAGUGAUCAAUCCAAAAAAGCCAGACAAAAUUCGAAUGGUGUGGGACGCAGCCGCGACGGUCGGUGGCGUGUCUCUGAAUACCAUGUUGAUGAAAGGUCCAGAUCAGCUCAACAAAUUGCCAUGGGUGCUCUUUCGAUUCCGGCAAUUCGCAGUGGCAGUUUCGGGAGACAUAGCGGAAAUGUUCCACCAAAUACGGAUACGCCCGGAAGACCAGCAAGCACAAAGAUUCUUGUGGAGAACUGAUCCAUCUAAGGCACCUGACGUUUUUAUCAUGCAAGUAGCCACCUUCGGUGCUACAUGCUCUCCUGCAUCAGCACAUUUUGUGAAAAACAAAAAUGCAUUAGAAUACAGAGAUAUUUUUCCCCGAGCCGUAGAAGAAAUACUUGAGUGUCACUAUAUGGACGAUUACUUAGGCAGUUUUGGAAGUGAGGAAGAAACAGAAAAAAUUGCGAAGCAGGUUAGAACUGUACAUUCUUAUGGUGGAUUUAAUAUCCGUGGGUGGCGUUCGAACAGCCAGAAAGUUCUAGAAGGUAUGGGGGAAUCAACAAUUGCAGAUCCUAGAUCGUUGAAUCUGGAACACACCGACGUAGAAAGAGUGUUAGGUAUGCACUGGCUUCCGAGGGAGGAUUCCUUGGCGUAUUCCACGAGUUUUCAACCAGAAUUAAGUGAACUAAUAGCGAGCAAGCGACGUCCAACGAAGCGGCAGGUACUCAGAUGCCUUAUGAGCAUUUUCGAUCCGCUAGGUUUGUUAGCAGCCUUUGUGGUUCAGGGAAAGGUGUUACUUCAAGAUAUCUGGCGAGCUGGAACCCUGUGGGACGAGGAAAUCAAUGAUCGAGCUAACGGAAAAUGGACCACUUGGAUUGAACAAUUCCCUCUCAUUGCUGAACUUCGUAUUCCUAGGUGUUAUUACCUCGGUGCAAACAACAACACAUAUCGACACCUGGAACUUCAUUUAUUUGCAGAUGCUAGCGAAGAUGCAUACGCAGCAGUUGCCUACUUUCGCAUCCCGAAUCCAGCCGGCGGUUUCCGAAUCUCCCUUGUUGCAGCCAAGACGAAAGUAGCCCCUCUACGCCAUUGGUCGAUACCCCGUUUAGAGUUGCAGUCUGCAGUUUUAGCGGCGAGAUUAGGAACAUUUAUCAAAGCAGGUCAUAAACUUCGCAUCGAACGCACAGUAUUCUGGUCGGACUCAAGCACUGUUUUGGCGUGGAUACGCUCAGACCAUCGACGCUACUCGCAAUUUGUAGCCUGUCGAGUAUCGGAGAUAUUGUCAACAACCACCAUUGCAGACUGGCGAUGGGUACCUACGAAGCUGAAUGUAGCAGACCUGGCCACGAAAUGGGGACAAGGUGGUCAACUCGAUGUGAACGGUUCCUGGUUUCACGGUCCACUGUUCUUAACAAUGUCGGAAGAAAAUUGGCCGAUACAAAAAUCCAUCCAAACAACGGAUUUGGAACAAAAGACGUGCAACGUGCAUCUUAGUGUUUUCAUCCCCGAACCAAUGAUCGAUCCAACCAGAUUUUCUAGAUGGGAUCGUAUGAGGAGAGCAAUGGCAUAUAGUUUUCGCUUCGUCCACAACUGUCGAAACCCUCGAGCGAAAUCUAAUAGCUUCCAUCUCAAACAGGAAGAGUUACUGCGAGCUGAAAACUACUUGUUCCAAACCGCACAGUGGUCUGCCUUUGCAGAUGAAAUUUGUACAAUAAUGUGCCAUCGUCCGAAAGCAGAAGGGAUGCAUGUCCCUAUGGAUAAGAAAAGUAAACUCUACCAGCUGUCACCUUAUCUAGAUGAGAAUAACGUGCUACGCGUCGACGGACGCAUCGGCGCUGCUGCUAACGCGAGUGAAAAUUUGAAAUUUCCUGUAAUCCUACCUAAGAAACAUCCAAUAACCAACCUGUUUAUCGACUUCUACCACCGUAAAUAUCAACACGCCAACUUUGAGACAGUCGUCAAUGAGCUGCGUCAAGUCACACACAUUCCCCAGGCUCGGUCGCAGGUUAAGCAUAUAGUAAAACAGUGCCAAUAUUGUAAGGUGUACAAAGCACGACCACAAGUACCAAGAAUGGCCCCUCUACCUGCAGCUAGGCUCGCAUCUUACACGCGACCGUUCACUUACGUCGGUCUAGAUCUCUUCGGACCCAUUCUGGUCAAAGUGGGUAGAACAACAGUUAAACGAUGGAUCGCUCUCUUCACGUGCUUAACUGUUCGCGCCAUUCACGUGGAAGUAGUGUUUAGUCUGAGUACAGAGGCCUGUAUUAUGGCUAUUCGACGAUUCACAGGACGGCGAGGAUUCCCACAAGAGUUCUACUCAGACAACGGCACGAAUUUCCGUGGAGCAAACAAUGUGCUACAAGAGCAGGUUCGUAAAAUCGAAGAGGGUCUUGCAUCAACUUUCACUAACACUACCACAAAAUGGAUUUUUAUUCCUCCCGGCACACCUCAUAUGGGCGGCGCAUGGGAACGAAUGGUGCGCUCUGUGAAAACCGCAAUGGAAUCCAGCCUGGCAUCUGGGCGCAAGUUAGAUGAUGAAGGCCUCUGGACGUUGGCAGUAGAAUCUGAAAGUAUCGUGAAUUCUAGACCACUUACAUAUCUACCGUUGGAAGCAGAGGAAAGUGAAGCGCUCACCCCGAACCAUCUGCUGCUUGGAAGUUCCAGUGGUGUAAAGCAGCCUUCUAUUUUGCCACUAGACGAAGUGUUGGUGCUAAAAAAUUGUUGGAACAAGGUCCAACACCAAGCGGACAUGUUUUGGCGUCGAUGGGUCCGCGAAUAUCUACCGGAAUUGACUAUACGCACCAAAUGGCUAGGCGAAACAAGACCAAUAUGUGUUGGGGACUUAGUAAUCAUCGUUGACGAGGCAAAACGAAACGGUUGGGUGCGUGGCAAGAUUAAUGAAGUGAUCCAAGGGCAAGAUGGGCGUAUUCGAAAAGCAAUCGUUCAAACUCAUAGAGGGCUCAUUAGGCAAUCGGUGUCGAAAUUAGCAGUACUUGAUGUUGCUGCAAGAAGUAAUCCAAGAUCAGACUGA